AUGGCUUCGUCCGAUCCCACAUUGCAUCUACCGCGCAUCCUCUGCAUCCACGGCGGUGGCGUCAACGCAGCAAUCUUCAAGAACCAGUUCCGCGCGUUUCUGGGCCAUGAAAAGCUCAAGAACCGAUACCGCUUCGUCUUCGUCGACGCGCCCUUCUUCUGCGACGAAGGCGUCGGCGUCGUUCCCGUGUACUCGGACUGGGGUCCGUUCCGGCGAUGGUUCCGCUGGCUCGAAUCUCACCCAGAGAUCGAGCCGGCCGCGUGUCAAUACGAGCUGGAGUACACCAUUGACCGCUGCAUGGAGAGCGACGAGGGCACGGGAGAGUGGGUGGCGACCUUGGGCUUCAGCCAGGGCGCUAAACUGGCGGCGAGCAUGCUGUACGACCAGCAACUCAGGGAGAAACCCGGGCCGUGGAAGUUUGCCGUCAUCCUCGCGGGUCGGGCACCGUUAGUCAGUCUGAGUGAAGAGGCGGAAGAACUACCCUGGAUGCAGUCCGCAGGUGGCCUGGCGGACGCGGCCGACGUCGAGAGCAUCCUCGAGCGCCCAGACAUGAAGCUGAGGAUCCCGACUCUGCACGUCCACGGCCUGAGGGACGAAGGUCUCCAUCUCCACAGGAAGCUGGUCGAAAACUACUGUGCGCCGGGGACGACGACGCUGAUUGAAUGGGACGGGCCUCACCGCAUUCCUAUCAAGAAGAGUGAUGUCGACAAGAUCGUCGACGCUUGGGUCGAGCUCGCCGACGAAUACGGUGUGUGA